CAGAUCGCAUACGCUCUUGCACUGCACUGCACACCCUUGUUCGCCGUUUGUGAGUCGAAUGUCGUCGACAUCUAACAACUAAAACCAAACCAUAAAUCAACUAAAUCAAGUGUGGUAGAUCUAUACCAACAGAAAAGACGACCGCAUUAUCAGUAAGAAUUUACUUGAUCUAUCUGGACAGAUGUUCCGGAGAGGUCUGACGACGAUGGCUGACUACAUUCCAAGACCCUGUGUUUUCUGUGGGCCUUCAGGGUCUGGUAAGAGCACACUGAUCAAGAAGCUCAUGGAUGAACACCAAGAUACAUUUGGCUUCUCUGUCAGUCAUACUACAAGGAAUCCAAGGCCAGGGGAACAGGAUGGAGUUGAUUAUCAUUAUACAACUCGGGAAAAGAUGGAAAAAGCCAUUGCAGAUGGGGAGUUUCUAGAGAGUGCUCAGUUUUCAGGCAACCUGUAUGGUACAAGUAAAAAGGCGGUUCAGGAUGUGCUAGCAGCCCAAAGGAUCUGUAUUCUAGAUAUUGAAGUCCAAGGGGUGAUGAGCAUCAAGAAGACUGACCUCAAACCAAUCUAUAUCUUUGUCAAGCCACCGAGCAUUGCAGUCUUGGAGGAAAGACUUCGAGGCCGACAGACAGAUUCUGAAGAAGCCAUUCAAAAGAGAUUAACAACAGCAAUAAAGGAAAUGGAAUACAUUGACAAGCAAGAGCCAUGUGAAGGAAGUACAUAUUUCAUCAUGAAUGAUGAAUUUGAAAGGGCAUACAGUCAACUUAAUCAAAUAUUAGAUGAUGAGAUUAACAGGCUCAAGUCAAUGACGAGACCUCCUCCAACUCAACCUUCAUCGUAGUGAAUGAAGACAAAGAGGUGACUUAUGAACAAAUCAAGGGGAUCCUAAGCACGGACAUCGUCAAUCUAAGGGACAUCAGAUACAAGGCAAAGUGACCUUUCCAUGUCGUUGAGUAUCUCCGGAUGAAAUAUCAUGUAUUUCUUAAACUACAGAGCGAAAUAUUUACGUUUUCUUAGUGUAAGGUAUAUGUGUAUUUUAUAGAUGAAAUCGGCAUGUUCAUGAUUUCUAGCACUUCCAAUCUAUCUGUCUCAAUAUAUUCUUCUAUUAUUGUUCGUAGAGUGAUCAUGUUUCCUUGGUAGUUAUUCAAAUGCUGAAAAGUUUCAAUAAACGAUAGCCUGGAUUCAUACAAAGGGACUGAUUUUAAUCCAGUUUUAAAUCUUGAUUAAGCAGGCAGAGUAAGUUGUGGACCACCAAGUGUCAAUGUCUCAAUUCUAAAAGAUUACCAUUAUCAUGAUAUCAUGUUGGAUUCAUUUCAUAUUCAUACUCUUAUGGAUGUACAGAAUAAAGAUCUUGACACUUGAUGCUAGGCACACAAGUCAAACCAGGAUUCACUUAGACCGCCUUCAUGAAUAUGGUAAGAUGUAUUUACAUGAAUUUAUUGCACACAAUCCUUACUGGAUUUGGGGUAAUUUAUGUUUGCGGAGUACAGUUACUCUUAUUCAGUAGAUUACUAAAGUAACUUAUCUUCAACGUGAACCAAAUUGGACGGUUUGAUCAGGUUGCUGUGUGCAUGUUUGCCUAGUUUAGAGUGAUCUUCUGACCUAAUUCACAUUCAGUGAGCCCAAAUAUAAGUAAAGUGUGUAUUCAAAUACUGUUUGCUCCUCAUAUUAAUCUACAAAUCAAUGAUGUGGAGACUAGAUUCAAUGUGUUGAAAUAAACAUGUAAUGUGGGCAUACCAGUUUAUACUUCUAGCUUACAGUGAUUUGCCUGAUCAUAUGGCAACUGUUUACAUGUAUUUAGCACAUAUGCACUAUGUGCAGGUUCAUAAAAGCUCUGAAAUUUGCACCAUAUGGUUUACCUUGUCACUCAUCUAGUAGUUUUCACAUACAUAGCAAAUCAGCAAUGCAACAGAAAUAUUUAUUAGCCUCUUGAAUCAAAUGAAGGAACAAAUACAAGAAUUGAAAAGUAUGAAAGGUAAUUAUAUGAAUUUUUCAUUGCUAUGCUGCGUGUGUUUGCUUAUACAUGUACAUGUAAAGAUAUAUUUCCUUGCUAUGUGUGAAAAUAGUUGGUAUUCCUUGAUUUUGUGUGUUUAAAAGAUUUAUCUAGUUUGUGUUGAAACUUCAAAGUGUAUUUAAGCAGAACAAAUGCAGUUUUCUUGAGUUUGUGUCUUUUGAUCUGCUAUGUACUAGUAAAAACUUUCAGAUUCACGGCUUGAACGAUAUACCCCAGUACUUGUUAGUACAAAUGAUUUUACAUGUAAGUAGGAAAGUACACAAUUAUUGUUAGAUUUUGUAUCAUACGGAAGAUGUAUUGACAUACAAAUUUAUUAAAAUGUCAAUGGAAUGUUCCUGAGUUAUAUAGUUGAUGUAUCAGAAAGGUUAUCUUCAAUGUUCUGUAUCAUACUCUAAAAAAAAAAAAAAAUUGGCAAUUUGUUAACGAUAGCCAAUUUUCAUGGCCAGAAACUUUGCGAAUCUGGACCACUUGUGAAAGUCUGUAGAGAUUCAAGCAUUUAAAAUUUGUAGUUUUCCUAGAAGCAAUUGAUCUGUGGAGUAUUUUAUACCUACACAUACAUGUAUAUGUAGGUAUAAUAUUUCUUCCUAUUCUGUAGUCCAACUCAAGGAUUAUUUUAUAAUAGAAUUAAUACUGAAAUUAAGGUUCGAUCAGAUAUAGCUGCUGUUACACAACAAAGGUCCUGCUCGUAUUCACUGAGUUUUGUGUGUUAAGAUAUAGAGAAACGUGACACACAAUAUGCUUGACGUCAUCAUGAAAAGAUAUAAAGGGUUUACUGCAACACAACUAGGAUAAAGUGUGUGAAAGAUGUAAUCAAAUUGCAAACACUAUCAGUCUGUAUGCACCAUGUAUGUGUUGUACUAAUUUGUAUUUCAUCUAAUGAUAUCAACAUUGAAGAAAAAAAUGAUACCAAUGAAAUGAUAGGAAGAAAGAGAUGAAGUAAGUGAAGCAAAUAUAGUUACCAAUAUCAUGCAUUCCCGAAAUUGUUAAGGAAUUAAGUGUUUAUAAAAUACUUGGAAGGAAGGAAAAUAUUGAGCUGUAUCAUUGUGCUUUGAAAGCUCCAUGUUGUUCAAUUUAAUGAAGAAAUAGUGAGUACCUUCUUAACAGCCUUUUGCUAUCAAUUGUCAUUAAAAUGGGAUUAAUUUUACCCUAAAAUUGUUGAGAAAUAAGAUGAAAUGAAUUUGUGUUCAAAAGAAGCAGCUGCAUGUGUUUUUAAUAUCUGUUUGGUUCGGCUUACAAUUUUUUUAUACAUUUAUGUGUUUGUUUUUAUAUUUAUUGUGUGAGUUUUGGUAUGAAUUGCUUAAUCAUCAAAACAGUAAUCCAUUCAAUGAGACAUAUUCUGAGUGUGGAAAUAACCCCAUUAUCUGAUGAAUUGAUAUUCAAAUAUUGGAACACAUCUUUAAUAUUUAUGGAUUUAAAUGUACCCUUUGAUCAUUGUUAGAGAUAAGCUUAACAUAUCAUUUACAUAGUUGUUUUUUAUGGUAAAGUAUUGCACAAUAUUUUGUUAGCAUGAUGCUUCCACCCUCGCACGAAGGUUUGGUCUUGCUCAAACAGAUAUAAAAAUCUGAACAAGAUAUUGAUAUGAAGACUGUUCAUUCACAUACAUGCACUUUAGUAAUCAAGAUCACCUUUUCAGAGUGAAUGUAGUACUUGAGCAGUUGAACUGCAACAGUGGAUGUAAUCUACAGCUGUAGCAAUGGAGUGAAUCGUGUAGGUCGAUUUAAUCAAGUUUAUUUGAAUUGUAAUUUGAAUCUUUUAUAAAACUGUGGCAAUUACAAGAUAUUGUACUUUAAUGUAUGUUACUUAGCUCUUAAUUUCAUUCUCUUCACUUGCAUUGUACUGUAAGUUUGUCUAAAUUACAAUUUGUCCUUUAAAUCAUGUGGAUUGAUUUCAAAUUGCAGAAUAUAAAACCUCAUGUUUUCACUGUCGUGUAAACCAAAUGAUAUGUAUUUGAAGCAUCAUUCAAACGCAUUUAUAAACAUACUUAUAAGACAGCCAAGAGAAUUUUGUCUUGCUGCUGUAGCAUUGAAUAUUAUUGACAUUAAUACGGCAUUAUUGAAUCGUGACUAGAAUUUUUACCUCAUAUAAGUGAAUGUACGUUUCAGGUAAUUAUGAAGAAUUCAAAUAUUCUAACAAGAACUCAUUAUCACAAUGCCUAUUUCAUGUACUGUUUAGAUGUUCUAUGGCGAUUGUACGAAGUUUUAUCCUCAAUUAAUUUAGCCAAGGAGAUUCUGUUUCGCUGUGAUUCAAGUGUCUGUAGUUUGAACUGUAUCAGAAAUUUCAAGUUUGAUUUUAAAUGCUAUUAUUUUGCAAAAUUAUGGAAAGUGUGUAUAUAAUAGAAUCUUGAUGUUUUAUGAGAAAUAUGUACAUGAAAUACUAAUAUCAUAACAAGGAAUAAGCAUGAAUGUUUUCCCCUUUUAGUAGGAUACCUUCCAUUGGACAUUUCAUUAAUCAUUUUACAGAAAAUAACAUUAAAGUUCAACUGAGGAAUGAAAUGAAUACAGAAAUAAGAUUGUGUAUCAAAAUCAUGCAUCGAAUAUUAAAAAACCUUGAUUUUUAUAAUUAUUUUCAAUAUUUUGGUAAUUUGUUAUUGUGAGAUCAGUAAUAUGUCCAAUUUAUUAUGUGCAUUUGUGUAGAUGACCAAUUUUAUACUUUUCUGUUGGGAUAUAUUGCAAAUAAUUGGAAUAACAAAAGUAUAGUUCAUGUGUGUAUCAUGGCAACUCAUAAAGGUAUUCAGGAAUUUGAAGUAAUGUGCAUGACUAAACACCCCAAAUGUUGUUUCAUUAUUUAAUCUUUCUUGGUGUGAAAAUUGAAACAAAACAAUGCAUGAAAUACAGAGUCAAAUAAAAUAGUUAUGACACAACAAGAAA